UGCAGUUAUGUAGACACUCACAACCGCAAGGUUGUAUGUGGCAGAUUCUAAAACACCGACCAUCGCCUUCGGACCGGUAAUCUAUUCAGCUCUACUGAUGCAUACCACCAUCAACAGGAAGACUUGUACCCGGCCAGCACCCACCACGCAGUUAUUGAUGCUAUAGUAAGACUACAGAGCGGCCCAUCUAUGAUGUCGGCCUCCGCCAAGGUGUUUGGUACUGUCGAUCUCCGUGAGCAAAUACUACUGGAACUGCCAUUCCGAGACCUCCUCCUCGUUCAGCGUACACGCAAGUGCAUCCUCGGUAUCAUACAAGGCUCCCGUCAAAUUCAGCAAGCUCUCUUCCUCGAACCUUCCACCAUCUCACGACGAGACUGGCGACGAAUUGGUACCCCAACUUAACGAUCACUUUUGGGAUGUGGUCGACUCUGCCGAUGAUACUGAUGGAGAAGAGGGAAGUGGAUGCCGUGGCCACGCUCUGCGCUUUCAUGUAAAGGACGGUUACAUGUCCUUCCCAGCAUUGACCGCUUGGGAAUCGCAUCGACCAGUCACACGCAUGCCAGAGGGUGUCCAGAAGCUGGCGGAAUAUGCUUUCAGCCC